CGAUCUUCAAGAUUAUUUUCCCUUCGUUCAAUAAAUUUGCUCGUUCUUUUACAUUUCGGUGAUGGGAAACUUUCAUUUCUGAGGGGAGACGAGAAGUAGGCUUUGUGCGGCAUGAGUGGGAGCAACGUAAACAAGGUCUUUUACGCCGAUAACUACCAUCCCAUUCAGGCCGGCAGCAUCGACGGCACCGACAUUCUUCCCCACGACAACGCCGUCUACCGAGCUUUGCUCUGUUCUUCUGCUGGCCUCUAUGACCCCCAUGGCGAUCCCAAGGUCUUUGGUGACCCUUACUGCACCCUCUUCGUUGGUCGCCUUUCACAUCUCACUACCGAAGACACUCUUCGCAGGGCAAUGAGCAAGUAUGGACAGGUUAAAGAUCUACGCUUAGUCAGACACAUUGUAACAGGUUCUUCACGUGGUUAUGCUUUUGUUGAAUAUGAAACUGAAAAAGAGAUGCGUCGUGCAUAUAAGGAUGCUCAUCAUUCUAUGAUAGAUGAUUGUGAAAUUAUAGUUGAUUACAAUCGACAACGGCUAAUGUCUGGAUGGAUUCCUCGGAGAUUAGGAGGGGGUCUUGGAGGUAAGAAGGAAUCUGGACAACUUCGAUUUGGAGGAAGAGAAAGACCAUUCCGCGCUCCGCUACGUCCGAUCCCUUAUGACGAUUUGAAAAGGCUUGGGAUUACUCCUCCUCCUGAAGGAAGAUACAUGUCUCGGUUUCAGGAACGUCUUUGAUGUUCAUGCAUACUGUAGAACCUUUACAUGUUUCCACAGUACCAUUCUUCUGCUCUUCCACUUGACAUUUUGUAAUGCAAUUUGUAGUGGGAACGUCUAUGAUGUUCAUACAUCUUGUAGAACCUUAACGUUUUCUCCCAGUUCGCUCCUCUUCUCUUCCACUUGAUAUUUUGUAAUGCAAUGGGCGAUCACUUGACUUGAACUGAGGUUUGUACACUAUUACACUAGAAGUAAUAUGUUUUUUUUUUGUUGGUUUCUUGUUGGUUUUAGAUUCCUUCUCCUCCCAGAAGAGAAACAGAUUCUGAACGUAGAGAAGAAGGCUCCAAUAAGAAUGAACCUACGGAGAAGGAUGGACACAAUCAUAGAAAUAGUUCGAUAGAUGAAGAUGAUUGGUCUCAUACGAGGGGCUCAAAUGACUACAGAGGGGGGCACUCACACAAGGGAAACAAUGAGAAGAUGAAACAUGAAUCUAGGAGGACCUCAAAAGACAGGGAUGAUUAUUCCCCCCACAAGAGAUUUUCUGAGAAGGAAGACUAUUAUCAAAGGAGAUCUGCUGAGAAGGAAGAUCUUUAUCGGAGGAGCUCUUCAGAUAAGGACCGAUCUCGCAGAAGAGAUUCUGAAGAUCGGGAUGACCACUCGAGGAAGCAUCACAAAUCUCAUAGAUAGAGACUCCAUUAUCCAUCUCAAUAUGAAUGAAGCCGAUCUUGUUCACGUGUUGAGCUUCAUUUAUGACGAACAAAAGUUAAACCCAUGUUAAAUUAAAUGAAGUUAAGUGACGUUAACGUUGAAGUUAUGGAAGGCCUUUAGUUGCAUUAAGUGAACUCAAGUGGUGAAGUGUAUCUCAAGCUUCAAGUUGUAGAAGUCGAGCAUCCAUUCAUGAAACUGCCGUUCAAAUUGAGAUUCAUUUAUACAUGGGAGGUUGCAAAGACUUUCAACAAAAGGCUUCAAUCUCAGAUCUAUGGUUCAUCAUUUACUGUAAUGUCAUAUAAGACCAUGUUUUUCAGAUUUUUUGUUUUUCUGGGUUAGGAAGUUACAACCCUUAAGUUGGUAUUUGGUUACUUAGCUAAUUCCUAUGUAAAAUCACUCGAAGGAUAUAGUAGAGUAAAAAGAGCUUUGAACUUCUUUCUA